AUGAGUCAGUAUGAUCCCAAUCCUGUAAAAUCUACAUCCUCACCUGUAGGACCAGAACCAAAAGAAGAGAAGACUGCAGACACACCAAAAGAACCUGCAAGGUCUAGAGGAAAACGUGGAAAAAAGAAAAAGCAGGAAAAGAGCGAAGAACCUCAAAAGGAAAUAGCAGAAGAUAAAGCACCUAUUAAAGUAACCUCCACUGAAGAAGAGUCAUCCCAACUACGACCAUCAUGGGCUAAAUUUCAUAGUUCUGAUUCUGAAUAUUCUGAUACAGAAGGUGGUCAAACUUCUCGCGUUCGGUCAGCUUGUAUUAAAGUGAGACAAUGUGCUCUUACCUGUCUUCACACUGUUAUCAAGAAUGGUGAUAAAAAGAUAAUAUUUGGUUAUUGGUCGUCUUUUAUACCCGACGUUAUUUCUGGUACCAAUUCUACUCAAUCACAAACAUUGUUUACUACUAUUCUUAAAGAUCCUGCCCCUAAGUGUAGAAUGGGAGCUCUGGCCACAUUAACAGCUAUGAUAGAUGGUAGUAAACCAUAUUUAGCUGCUGCUGAAGAUUGUCAAACAACAAAAGCAGCUUUCACUUCAUUUUCUACUGUAUUGGGUUCAAUGAUAAAAGAAUUACAUAGAUGUUUAUUAUUAGCAUUGGUAGCUGAAAACUUUCCUCUUACUUUGACACAAUUAAUUAAGUGUAUUGGUAUGUUAUUAAGUAAUACACCUUACCAUAGAUUACAGCCAGGAUUAUUAAGUCGUACUGUUAAACAGAUCAGACAUUUUCUUAAUCAUAGAGAUCCUAAUGUGAGAGUGGCUUGUUUAACAUGUUUAGGUGCAAUAGCCAGUAUACAACCUCCAUUAUUGGAAAUUUGUCACAUCAUUCAACCAUCUAGGCCACCUGUUGGUACAAGAAUACAUCAAAGUGCAGAUAACUCUAGUCGUAAUUCAAUCAGUGAAGAUCAGACGACAACAACAAGUGAUUCUGGUUUCAACAGUCUAAAUAAUAUGUCACAAGCAUCUAGUCAUACUAAAAAUGAUACCUCUUGGGUCAUUAAAUUAUGCAUAAAAAAUGUGUUGUCACAGAAAGCUGAACAACCAGCUGCUAGACAAAUCAAUGAUUUUGCUCCACCAUGGGAGAAAUCUCAGCCUGAAGUACCUGUAAUGGUGUAUGAACCAAUUCCAGUCAGAUUAGAAUCACUACAAGUUCUGGCAAAUUUAACUAAAGGCUACUUUCCCAUUAUUAGGAAAACUUAUGUUUUAUUACAAGAUUUGAUAUUAAAAUGCCUAGCCGAUUCUGACUCUGUUGUUAAACUACAUGGUACUAAAUUAUUAGAUGAACUUAGUCAAGUUAUGUUACAAGAUUAUCAGAACUCUUCUACUGGUGGACCAGAAGCCAUUACUGAACAAAAGUUAUUAGAAUUUUGGAUGUCGUUUUUAAAUGGUCCUGUACCAGCUAUAUUACAAUGUGAAGGUAAUAAUCCUGUCAGGGCCAAUGCUUGUGAUUGUAUAUCUAAUAUUGGUAUGGAGAUAUUUCAACAAUUACCGUUUGAUAAACGUAUCAUGUGUAUAACCAUGAUAUUGGGAUUAACUAAUGAUGAUGAUAAAUUGGUGAAAUCAGCAGCUGUAAGAACUCUUGGUGUUUACAUUCUUUACCCCUCUUUAAAAAAGGAGGUAACAUUUGUAGCAGAUACUGCUAAUGCUGUAUUAAUGUGUAUGGAAGAUUCUAGUAUUAAUGUUAGAAUGAAAGCAGCUUGGGCUAUGGCAAAUCUCUGUGAUGCUCUUGUAUUAAAUAAAGACUGUGAAGCUGAUCAGUUUAUAGAAGAUUUCUCUGAUAUGUUAUUGUUAAAAUUAUUGACAACAGCUACCAGAGCAUCACAAGAUAGUGGUAAAGUAAAAUCUAAUGCUGUUAGAGCUGUUGGCAAUAUAUUACGAUACUUACCUAAUAGAAGUCUAGGUAAAAGUAAUUUUAUGACAGCUGUACAGAAUAGUGUUGAUACCUUAGUUAAAAAUAUCUUAACUGGUACUAUGAAGGUAAGAUGGAAUGCCUGUUAUGCUAUAAGUAAUAUGUUUAAGAAUGAUGGUUUACCUCAUGGUUCUGUUAACUGGACACCAGAUGUCAUCAAUGCAUUAUGUAGUGUAGUUAAAGAUUGUAAGAAUUUUAAAGUCAGAAUUAAUGCCGGCCUAGCUUUAUCAUCAUUGAAAGAGAGAGGUUCCUAUGGUGGAAAAUUCAACUAUGUAAUGGAAAGUUUAAUAAUAGCUUUAAAGACAUCAGAAGAUAUUACAGAUUUUGCAGAGUACAAAUACAGAGAUAAUUUAACAGAGCAGAUAAUGGUAGCCAUAUUACAUAUUGUAUGUUUGAUAGAAAUAGAAGAUAUACAGUCAUUAUCAUCAUUAUUACAACAAUAUACAACUAUAUUACAAUCUUAUUUAUAUAAAUUAUAUACAAUAUCUACUAUACAAACAGGUAUGUAUAUUAUACAAUGUCUGUUAUACAAUUGUAUGUAG